AUGAGCCUACCGACAACGGUGGACGAGGCUGUCGAGCAUGUUGACGAAAUAAUUGACGAUGAUUUGACUGACAGCGCCACCUCCGAUUAUGAUGAUGAUGAUUGCGAUGGACGAAGUAAAAUCGAGCGAUAUAUACAAAGUUUUGGCUCGUCUUUAUUACUCGGAAAUGCAAAUCCUAAUAAAUGCGAAAAGCCGAAUGAAGGUAAAAAGCUGAAUGAAUGUGAAAAGCCGAAUGAAGGUGAAAAGCUAAAUGAAGGUGAAACGCUGAAUGAAGUUGAAAACUCUAAUGAAUGCGAAAAGCUGAAUGAAGGUGAAAACUGUAAUGAAUGCGAAAAGCCGAAUGAAUGUGAAAACUCUAAUGAAUGCGAAAAGCCUAAUGAACCUGAAACCCCGAUGGAAUGCGAAAACCUUAUGUCAUGCAACUUCGAAAUUAAAUCGAAGUUCUCGUCGUUUAUUAAAUGUAAAAGACAAAGCGAUGGAAAACCUGAACUGAACGUGGAGUUUACCGAAAACAACCAGGAUGACGCGUCUCAGGAUGAGACUGCCAGACUAUUAAUCCGAAGAGAACAAAACAAAAGGGCUUCGCCGCAAACACCAAAUCCAGCAUUUGAAGAUAAACUAGAUUACGACGAAAACAACAAAGACAAAACGGCUUCUUCAUCUCCUCCUCCGAGUCAACCAAAAUUUUCGAAAUCUGACACAAGCCCCAAAAAGUUCCCAAAAUCGCCAUCGGGUCUAGGCGGUUCUGCUGCUAAAACACCACCAAACGAUUUAUUAGCAAAAUUACAGUAUAUGCGUUCUAAGGUUGCCACCGAAUUAGAAACUGAAUCAGACGUAAACAUGUCCGAUUCUAAUCAAAACAAAGACGAUACUAAAAAAUCACAGAUUCCACAAGAAACAAAACAAUCAGUAAAAGAUAAUAGUGUGCCGUCUGCACCACCACCACCACCACCUAAUAUUAUUAAUAAUCAGACAUCUUCGACGCCUGUAUCUUCAAAACCUAAACCCACACCCAGAACUUCAAAACCUACAACUACUGACAUUAGUGAUGAAUCCGAAGCACCAGAAAACAGCGAAAUUGAAGAACAGAGCGAUGCUGCUGGUACUGACGGAGCUGAUUGGGAUGGAAUUAAAGAAACUGAAGUUCCCCAAAAAAUGUAA